UCCUAUGGGUGGCUUUCAGCCUCAACAACAACAACAACCUCAACAGCAUAACACUGCAAAUCAAACUGCAUGGCCGAAUCAAUCAGAUCAAGAGAAUGCUCUCGCUCGUGUACAUAGUGCAUCCUUCUCGCUCUUUCCUACGGCAGAUGAUUCAAGCAGCUCAAAAGCUGUCAAGCUCGCUUCGAAGUGCUGCAACACAAUGUGACAAUUUCAUCAAAACAUUGACCGGACAACCAAAUGCAGCAGCAAAUGCUUUUGCCAAUAAUGUAGGAACCGAUUUCCUUACGCUUGCAAGUGGGAAUUUGGGAGCUCAAAGUUUAGCUGCAGCUGCAGCGGCGGCAGGAGCGAGUGGACAACAAGGCAUGCCGACCAAUACGAUGGGAACGCCAGGUAGAAAAUCAAUCUCGAAAGAAGAACGACGAAUGCUGAAAAAACAAAGGAAAGCAAACCGUGAUCCAAAUGCACCCAAAAGACCACCUAGCGCUUACCUGCUUUUCCAAAACGAAAUUCGUGAGGACAUGCGUCAACAAUUCAAAGAGCUUUCGUAUUCCGACGUUCUGGGAAAGAUUAGUGAAGCAUGGAAGAACCUUACAGACGAGCAAAGAAAGGUCUAUAAUGACCGUACGAUGGAUCAUAUGGCACGAUGGAAUCAAAGCCGACGUUUACAACAGCAACAGCAAAAUCAAUUCUCCGAUGAGAAUUACCAAGACACAGUCGAUCCUUCCAUAGCAGGGCAAGACUUCUCAAACGGAUUGCUCAAUGUCGGCAAUCCAGCCACCCUUAACACAGCAAGUCAAAGUCGUAAAGGAGGUGAAAAGAAACGUUCAAGAAAAGCAUAAGGGAUAUUCACUUCUCUCUCUCACAGUAACAAUCUUGUAAUCUGAACUUGUACAAUUGUAUCUAGUAUGAAAUGGACAAUGU